AUGUCGGGACGCGAAUUCUUUCAAAACUACAACCCCAGAUGGGGCAAAACCGUUCUUCACAACCGUGGCUUGAUCAAGCUUUGGGCCAAGUAUGAGCAGAGCCAAUACCUCCUACAAAUCGACGCUGUCGAUUAUGAACGUACAACAUCAGAAGAUCAAGACGAUCAUCCUCUUAAGCUGAGCGAACUAGGACCAAGAAUCUUUCCAUGUCGCACAACCCACCGGCGGCUUUUCCCUUCAAAACACUCAUUCUCAUAUUCUUACUUGCUGGUUGGAUUUCCAAUCGGCUGGCGUGGAUCUGCAGGCUCGCUUUUGUCUUCUGAGCCUGGCCAAACAGGAUUAGGAUCUCUGAAGACGUGGUUUUCCGUUCACGCAGAAGACUACCUUGAGCGAGGCCAUCACGUCGACGGUUUAGCUGGGAAGUUGCGAGAUUAUCUGAGGACUCAGAACCUAUCGGUGGAUGAUUAUGCCUAUGCCUAUCUCGCGACAGCACCCAAGUUUCUCGGCUAUUCAUUCAACCCCGUUUCGUUCUGGUAUCUCUACGACGAGAACCAAUCUCUGAGCGCGAUGAUUCUCGAGGUUAACAAUACAUUCGAUGAGCGGAGAAUGUACUUUUUACCACGGAACUUGGAUUGCAAGAACCCUCCAUCGCCCCAAUUUCGCCAUCAAUGGGACAAAGAUUUCCACGUGUCGCCAUUCAAUGAUCGAGACGGUUCAUAUAGCCUUUCUGCUAUCGAUCCUUUCGAGCAAAAGACAGCCGCUCACAUCGAUAACACCAUCGUACUCCAUUCUCGGGAGGGAAAACCCAAAAUUGUCACCCGCCUUUUCUCUGUCCAACCAGCCAUCGACCCAGCCAGAAUGUCAAGGCUCCAAACUCUCCUGUUCGUCGCUCGAUGGUGGUGGGUCGGCUUCAUGACAAAUCCGCGAAUUUUGCGCGAGGCCCGCGUGCUAUGGGUCAAGCAGCUACGAGUCUUCUACCGGCCAGAGGUCCUCACUAGCGGUAUUGGACGAUCAGCCACUGAGGAGGAAGCUAGUCUUGAGCCCUUCUUUCGCGCAUUUCUACGUCGGAUGGCAGACAUGUCGAGGACGUCGAUCAGUUACUCUCCAGCUGCUGGCAGUGACCGGGCCCAGACCAUCCUUAUCCCACACAAAACUGCAUCUUCAAUGGAUGUGGAUACAUAUCCCAUCGAAGUCAAAGUCAUCACACCGGCAUUCUACGCCGAGAUUGCGCGCGAGCCGGCCGUGCUCAAGCCAUUCGAACGCUUUAGCCUCAACUCUGCUCCAGGACAGGCAAUGGUCUACAUCUCUGACCCAGCUCGAUUUCGAACGGUACUGGAGGCCUUUACUCUCGGAUCUCCCCCUUCGGCCCCUCAGCGUCUCAGUCGUCAGGCUGUCUUGAACCGCCGGCUCCGCUCAGACGACAACGUGGUCUUCGCGGUUAUCAAGGCUUUACGAGACACGAUCAACCCUCAACCCACGUGGUCCACCGAUAAAGGGCCAGCGAAUUUCGAUGCGUUUGUGCGUGCUGGGUACGAAUCGGCUGAAUUCGCGUUCUACGAGAGCAUCUGCCUCAAGAUCCAUCUCGCGGACCGUCUAGCUUUCGGGUUGACGUCGCUGCUCAUACUCUAUGUCAGGAUCAUGUGGUUGAUCGCUUUGAUCUUGACAGUGUUACAUGUCAACGGCCUCGUUCACGCCACGAGGGACUUCACUUUGCAGGAUGUCCUAAGCUUCGGCGUCAAGAUGUUGCUGUUGCGCGCUUUGGAACGCUUGAUUAGCUAA